AUGGCUCAUGAUUUAAUGCUUGUUGAAGCCAUGACCAAUGCGAUGACUUUAUCAUGUGUAGAUGCUGACGUACCGACCAGAAAGGGAUACAAUCGGGAAUUUCGGCAUUGGCUGGUUGGAAAUAUUCCAGAAGAAAAUAUCGCGAAGGGAGAAGUAUUAGCGGAAUAUGUUGGUCCAGCGCCACCAAAAGGUAGCGGGAAACAUCGAUACAUCUUUCUUGUUUACAAACAGAAUCAAGGGUCUAUCACUUUCGACGAGAGAAGACUAAGCAACAGGGAUGGCCCUCAACGAAAACGAUUCAACAUAAAGAAGUUUGCAGAGAAAUACAGUUUGGAAGGACCAAUAGCAGGAAACUUUAUGAGGGCAGAAUAUGACGAUAACGUACCAACGUACGCAAAACUUUUAGGAUUCUGAGGGAUCAAGAUGAUUUUGAGUUGAGUAACCGGCUCACGAAGGACACUCUUCUUUAUUGGUAUUUUUAGGUGAUGGUACGAACAAAUUGCUUGUACAAAUACGACUGCCGGCGAAUCGAGGUACGAUGUAUUCAAUUUACAACGAGGACGAUGAAAUAAGAGAUAAUAAACGUUUGAAGAAAAUAACAGAUACGAGAAAAGUCGAUCGAUUUGUUUAUUUUUUCGUUGAUUCUCGUUACAAAUAUAAAACGUAUCCUAUGUAAAUUUUGCGACUCGUGGAUGGCUUUGGUUCGCUCUCGGAGUCACUCCGAGUUCAAAAAAUCUGGGUCGUCUUGAAGCGAGCAACGUUGUCGGCCUAGUAGUUUGCUAUCGGGCAAACAAUUUAUAGACACCGAUCAUUUUUUUUUUUUUUUUUUUU